GCGGGGCGACAGGCAUCGGGCCCCCGGGCGGGGCGACAGGCAUCGGGCCCCCAGGCGGGGCGACAGGCAUCGGGCCCCCAGGCGGAUAGCGGCGGGUGCCGGGCCCCCAGGCGGGGCGACAAGGCUCGGGCCCCCCAGGCGGGGCGACAGGCAUCGGGCCCCCAGGCGGAGCGGCGGGCGCCGGACCCCCAGGUGGAGCGACAGGUCUCGGGCCCUCAGCGGAGCGGCGGGUUGCCGGACCCCAGGUGGAGCGACGGGUCUCGGGCCCCCAGGCGGGAGCGACAGGUUCGGGCCCCAGGCGGAGCGCGGCGGGCGCCGGAUCCCCCAGGCGGAGCGACAGGUCUC